CCAGAUAACGAGAACAAAUAUAUCGCCGUGGCCGUCUCCUCCUCUAUCACCGUCGCUGCUGCCUUUGCUUCGCAUCGACUGCAACUGAUAGUGUUUUGUCCGAUCUUAAUUUUGGAGGCAGAGCAAGUUUAAAAAAAUAUAUAAAAUGGACAAUUUGGAAGAUAUGAAGAUUGUGGCAGAGCAGUGGUCUAAACAAGGAAUUGAAUUUGUUCAAAAAAUACCACAGCCUCAGCUUUAUGCUGCUAUUGCUGUUCUCUUAUUAGCUACCAUUUGGCUCUUUGCUAUUCGUUUCUUUAGGCGUACAAAGUCCAAUACUGUACUCCUCUCUGGGCUAAGUGGAAGUGGCAAAACAAUGCUCUUCUAUCAACUACGAGAUGGAUCUUCGCAUCAGGGUGCGGUAACAUCAAUGGAACCGAACGAAGGCACCUUUGUGCUUCACAAUGAAAACACUAAGAAAGGAAAAGUAAAGCCUGUUCAUCUUGUUGAUGUUCCUGGACACUCUCGGCUUAGAUCUAAGCUAGAAGAAUACUUGCCUCGAGCAGCCGCUGUUGUAUUUGUAGUAGAUGCAUUGGAGUUCCUCCCAAAUAUCCGCGCAGCUUCAGAGUAUCUUUACGACAUUCUGACAAAUGCUAGUGUUGUUAAGAAUAAGGUCCCGGUUCUGCUUUGCUGUAACAAGACAGAUAAAGUAACAGCACACACCAAAGAGUUCAUCCGCAAGCAGAUGGAGAAAGAAAUAGAGAAACUUAGGGCUUCAAGGAGCGCAAUAUCAACAGCUGAUGUAACAAAUGACUUUACUCUCGGGAUUGAAGGAGAAGUGUUUUCUUUUUCGCAUUGCCAAAACAAAGUCACGGUCGCUGAGGCGUCUGGACUAACAGGAGAAAUAGAUCAGGUACAAGGGUUCAUCAGAGAACACGUUAAGCCAUGAGAAAUGUGUGAUUAUCUCAGAGAAUACAAAAAGUCUUUUUAAUUUUUUUUGUACAUGAAUUCAUAAGUUGAGUGAGCAUUAAGAUGAUAUUAGUUGGAGGACUUUUAGAUGUUGCAAAAGUGUUUAAUAGUGUGUUUCAUCCAAGCAAAGCAACCAACCUUAAGGUUUCUUCUCUUGUAUCUCAAAUAUUUUUAGUAGUAACAAAAUUACUGAAUAGAAAA